GGCUGUGGGCAGAGCCCCUCCAGGACCUGGCAGGCAGGCUACAAGGUCAUUCCUCAUCCCUUUGGGGCCGAGUGCCAGGCUGGCUGGUGGAUGUGAAGGCACGCUGGAGAAGACAACAAUGCUGCCUACAACUGCUGGCCACCGGUGGAGGAGCAGGUUCCUCAUGAGGUGGCAAGAGGCUUGUCUGCUUGGCUGUUGGCUGUCGCUAUGUGCUGCCGAGUCCUUCUUUGCUUGCCCUUCCUCCUGCAAGUGUAACAGUGGCAACCUGGAAGUGGACUGUAGCGGCUUGGGCCUCUCUUCCAUCCCCUCAGACAUCCCCACAAACACCAGGACCUUCCUCUUUCUCAACAACAAACUCAGCAUCCUGCCAGGAGCAGUGUUUUCCAACCUCUCUGCCCUACAGAGGCUGGAUCUAUCCAACAACUUCUUGGACCAGCUCCCUCAGAACAUCUUCAGCGACCUGGGGAACCUCACAGAGCUUCAGCUGAGGAACAACAGCAUCCGGGCCUUGGACAAGGACCUCCUACAACACACGGCCCUGCUGCGCCAGCUGGACCUCUCCAUCAACGGCCUGGCCCAGAUACCUUCGGGCAUCUUUGAUGACCUGCCUGCUCUCCGCUCCCUCUCUCUCAGGUCCAAUCGCCUGCAGAGCCUGGACAGGGUGACCUUCGAACCACUAACCAGCCUGCAGCAGCUCCAAGUUGGGGAUAACCCCUGGGAAUGUGACUGCAACCUCCGAGACUUCAAGCACUGGAUGGAGUGGUUCUCCUACAGAGGUGGGAAAAUUGACCAGCUGGCAUGUACCCUGCCCAAGGAGCUGAAAGGGAAGGAUAUGCGAAUGGUGCCCAUGGAGAUGUUUAACUACUGCUCCCAGCUGGAUGAUGAGAACAGCUCUACAGUGCUGGACAAUACUGGCCCACCCUGCACUAAAGGAAGCCCAACUCCUUCCAAAUCUAAAUUGGGCCCAGAAACAGAAGUGGAGCCCAGUGUGGGAUGCCCUCAGAAACAGCGAUACAGGCCUGUGAGCGUGCGUCGGGCUAUUGGCACUGUGAUCAUCGCAGGGGUGGUUUGCGGCAUUGUUUGCAUCAUGAUGGUAGUGGCAGCUGCUUAUGGUUGCAUCUAUGCCUCCCUCAUGGCCAAGUACCACCGGGAGCUGAAGAAGAGGCAGCCACUCAUGGGUGACACAGAAGGUGAACAUGAAGAGCAAAAACAGAUCUCUUCUGUGGCAUGAAACUCUUCUAGGAAGGAAGGGACAGCAAUGAACAAAGGUACCUGAGAGCAGUCAAGCAUGGGGUCCUCCCAAAAUACAUCCUCCCAGACAGACAGACAGACUGUGCUAUUGCUCCACUCACCCAAGUAGUGCAACAUGCUUUUGGGGGGUCAGGGCACCUGGCUCAACUUCUGUUCCUCUGCACCAGGCCAUUCUGUGCCCUUUCACCCUUGGGCCCUCCCAGACAAAUAAAGUAGAGUCAGACCUCGA